AGGGAGGAGCUUGAUAACAUUGUUUGUUUGACCUUAUCUUAAUUGUUGGUUGAAGAGUAGCUCGCUACAUUUGACAGAUAUUGCCUUUGAGUGGGAAAAGUGUGUACAGAACACCACAGGAGACGGACUGAUAUGGACGUGUAUCUCUAGUGCCUUCAGCGGCGUCAAAAUGAGUCUUUUGGGAAGUCUUGCGUUCUUAGCCAUCUACCUUUGCCCACAUGCAGAAAGUCUCAGUCCUUCUGGCAAGAACGUAUGUCAUCACACAGUAACAGCCAAGGUGUCAUCCCCGGAACAGCACAGGCAUCCCUGUCAUAACGGGCGUGGGGGCAUGUGCACUACAUAUAGACAAAGGUAUAUCAUACAAUCAAAUACAGUCUAUGAGUGCUGUCCAGGAUGGAAGUCUUCCAACAACAUUGACUGCAACUUAGCCAUCUGUUACGGCAAGGACAACACCAACGGAGCCUGUAACCAGAGAGGAAGCUGCGUUGCACCAAACAGGUGUUCCUGUCACACUGGAUAUACUGGAUCACAAUGUGAAAAAUGUCUUGAUGCUCGUGCAGAUCCUGAACAUUCCAUCUGGUGGCACACAAACAGCCAUCCGGACUGCGCUCUGACCUGUUCGUGGAAGAACCAAUGGUGUUGGCCUGGGGACUGCCUAGACAGAAGAUUGAGGACAUCCUGUAAAUGUCGGAACGGCUUUGUGAAGCAUGAUGGAGGUUCCAGAUACACAAAGUGUGACCUUGUUGAGAAGCCCCAACUUCUAACGUGCCACAUUGGGAUGAUCGAUGCACACCGCAGCGUGAGAAGCUCCACACAUGGCUCUCACUCUGGAUGCCAGUAUGAAUCGGACACAUAUGUCAACUUGAAUCCCAUAUCUGUAAACCUUCAGUUCAACGCAAAGUUAGAUAAUAUUGACAUCAGACAUCCCCCAAACUACAUCUACCAGCAACGAUACGGAAUAGUUGCUUCGACGGCGACACUGAAGAAGGUUUCUAUUACUGGACUUGAAUCCAGCCUUUCCACAGUUACAUUGUCCGGCGGAAAUGAUUGCUCAAAAGCGCUUGGGAGCACGUCGCCCUCUCAAUCCUUGACAUGUUCACGGACUGUAUCAGUACCAACAGACAUGUAUGAUGGAGAAAGGUUGUGCAUACAGUUCUCGGCUACUGGAGGGGGGUUCUUCAGGUAUCAAGACUUUGAUAGACACCACAUAGGAACACAGACUUACACUCCACAAACGUCCAGCAAACAUCUCUGUUUCCGGUAUGAUAUGAGUAAACCCGUACACUGCUCCAAGCUCAGAACAGGGCAUUGUUCCUCACAGCCACUAGAACUAUCAACCCGCGUAACGCAUACAGGUGUGCUCAAUGUAAAAACCUCUGGCUGGACAGAUCCUUUGCCACAUGGUGGAAAAGCGGAUGCAGUAUCUGGAUUGAAACACAUUAAAAUACAGAUUCUCAACACUGUACAGAAUGGAAAUAUGAUCGACGUCUUACACACGCCGCUGAAAGGUUUGGAUCUAACGUACAACACGUUUGUGUUGGACAAAUCUAUUCACCUCCCCAACAAACAUGGCCUAUAUGCUGUUAUUCUGGAGGUUCACGACAAGGCUGGAAACAUCCAAUCAGUCAGACGUUUUGUACUGUAUGAGAAAUCCUCCAAAUUGAUGACAAAUCCAGCAAAACCUCUUCAAGGUGUAUCAGCAACACAGAAAUCUCACUACAAAUGGCAGACUAACCUUGGGCCAAUGUGCAUAGACUGGAAAGGCCGUUACUACAAUGAUGAAAUGAUGGCCAAUAACCCUUUGGGGCCAGUCCGUCCCCAGGCAGGAGUGGAACCUGAAUAUGACCAAACUACUGGAACCCUGCCUAUUUAUGGGACUCCCAAUGUUGAUGGCAUCGUUCAGGCAGAGUAUUCUGUCUCUGUCAACCAGGGUGCUAAAUCACACUGGGCAUUGGUUCCCCACUUCACCAAACAGUUACUCUGCAUCUCACCCAAGCUGAUUGAUGGUCAAACGUACGAUAUCUCACUAAGGAUGAAAGACUUUGUUAACAACUCCGUGGAGGAAUCGGUACGGGUUCACAUUGACUCUACUGUUCCUGACAUAUCAAACAUGUGGCUCGUGAAGGAUGGAAACAAGCAGGUUUAUGUCCACGACAGUCUCGACCUUUCUACAAUGGUGUUCCACUUUGAUGUCAUCGACCCUGACAGUGGCGUCGAAUUUGUGGAGUGGUAUCUUGGCAUCAAAGACUCAUCAGAAGACCUUGGCCAUGGUGUGUUGCCAGUGCAGAAACUAAAUGGACAGGCAUGUGCAUCCUAUUUCGACUGCUACUGUCCUUCCCUUGGAGACUGCCAGUUUCACAACUACACUGUUAAGAUGGAAAGUCUGGUGUCCAACAAGAUCAAUCCUGCUCUCAACAAUAAGGCCGUAUACUUCACUGUAGUGGCAUCAAACGGAGCAAACAUGAACAACAGCGACCAUCUUGACAUCCUUGUCAGAUAGUCGAGUCUCUCUCAAAUGAAACUCGUAUAUUAAUGAGGAUAUAUCCACUUGUAGCGCCUGGUUGCUUUGCUUUUUGUUGAAUUAAAGUAGUGAAAUCCCCUAACUUUUCUUCUUACUCCUUUUCUUCUACAGUUUACAAAUGUUUGUGCAUAUAUUCAACAAACCGAAAUGGUACCUUUAAGUCGAGGCGGUGUGGUGUUGAACAGUCACUAUGUUAAUCAAGUUCCUGAAAUCUAGAAUUCUGUAAUCAGCCAUUCACGAGUGCAGCAGCAAAUAUUUACAAUUGUGAAGUUCGGAGGUUGAGGAGGCAUCUUUAAUUUGCUAAAUGUAUGAGAAGGCUCACUUUGGAGGACUGCAGCAUUGUUAUGAAACUAUCCUUUGGAUUAGCAUGAGUGAAGACAUUGAAAAGUGGGAUAAAAAUUCUAUCCAACUUGGGUGGCCUUCUCCCAAAUACAUAUAUUCAGACAUUGAUUCUUUAAUAUAUACAUCAGAUUAUAAAGUUACAAACAUAAAUAUAUCUACGUGAAAAAAUGAGAACAUUUUAUAAACAUGUUUCAAAGUAGAACAUAAACAUACAUAAAAUACAGGAGAAUCCUCACCUUAAUCCAACCUUACAUUAAUCCAAUCACACACCAAAUAGCACUGCUGACUAGAGUACUUCCGCUAAAACAAUACAUAAGCGCUGGCUCGUGUCGGCCUUUGACGUAGUCGCAAAGAACAAAGACACCAUGUUGUGUGUGUGGUGUCUGUCUGUGUGAUCACUGAUGAAUAUCAUAGGUGUUGUGAUUGAAUGCAGUGACAAUGACGUGUACACAAUAGCUAUGAAAGGUGGCAUACUGGGUUUGAUGUUUGUGCUACAGCAUUGUACUCAACUGAAGACGUUGUCACUUACAAGAACAUUUCAUUUCGCCAGGCUGUGCAGUUAGAAUCCAAUUAUGGAGGACAAGGUUUCACCCAGUGUAACUGUGCUGGUACAAAGAAAUGUCAGACCAACAGAUGUAGAUGUUUCAAGGCUAAGCUGCUUUGUAACUGAAGGUGCCACUCAAAAACUAAAUUGUUCUUGUUUGUUUAUCUUAUGUUUGAUGUAGCAUUGUUUUGAUUGCAGUGAAGACUAAUUGUUAAGUUAAGUGAAAGGUAUUUGUUAUCAUGUCAAAUAAAUUUG